GUGGUUGUUUAAAUCUAAAGUCAAAAUCUAGACUUGGUGAAGCCGAGCCGAGCUGGCCACCGUUUCCCGGCAACCGGUUACACCGGUAUAAUUGUUUUAUUACACAACUGUGCAAAUAAAAUAAUCCAAAAGGUAAUGGUUUAUAUCAAGUGAAAGGAGAAGCCUACUCAAGAAGAUAUCCCAAAAUGGCCGCUUGAAGAUUCAAGACGAUGCCCCUGUGAUUUCGACAAAAAAACCCAUCUCGAAUUCCUCUUUCCUUCUUAAGAUCUCACGUCAACUCAUAGAAUACCUCGAAUUUCAUUUGAUCUUAUUUGGGUUUAUCGAUUCAUCCUCUGUUUCUUCUUUAAUUGGAAGAGAUGGAGGCGAAUGCCGGAUUGGUGGCUGGAUCGCAUAAGAGGAAUGAGUUGGUGAGAAUAAGGCAUGAUUCUGAUGGAGGGCCAAAGCCAUUGAAGAAUCUAAACGGACAGAUAUGCCAGAUUUGUGGCGACACAGUAGGCCUCACCGAAACCAAUGACAUCUUCGUUGCUUGCAAUGAGUGUGCGUUCCCUGUAUGCAGGCCAUGUUAUGAGUACGAAAGGAGAGAUGGAAAUCAAUCUUGUCCUCAAUGCAAGACUCGAUACAAAAGACACAAAGGGAGCCCUCGAGUUGAUGGUGAUGAUGAUGAGGACGAUGUUGAUGAUUUGGAGAAUGAGUUUAAUUAUCCUCAAGGAAACAAGGGUAGACGUCAAUGGCAAGGAGAUGAUCCUGAUCUUUCUUCUUCUGCUAGACAUGAUUCUCAACAACCAGUUCCCCUUCUCACUAAUGGCCAACAAGUAUCUGGUGAAAUUCCAAGUAUUACACCAGACAAUUUAUCAGUAAGAAGUACUUCAGGCCCAUUAGGCCCAGGUGACAAGCAUGUUCAUUCACUUCCAUACAUCGACCCCAGACAACCAGUUCCUGUGCGAAUUGUGGACCCAUCAAAAGAUUUGAAUUCUUAUGGGCUUGGGAAUGUUGACUGGAAAGAAAGAGUGGAAGGGUGGAAGCUAAAACAGGAGAAGAAUAUGAUGCAGAUGACAAAUAGAUAUGGUGGUGAAGGAAAAGGAGGUGAAAUUGAAAGGACUGGAUCUAAUGGUGAAGAAUUGCAAAUGGCUGAUGAUGCUAGGCAACCACUGAGUCGUGUGGUCCCCAUUUCAUCAACUCACUUGACUCCAUAUCGAAUUGUGAUUAUUCUUCGGUUGAUUAUUUUGGGUUUCUUUUUGCAAUAUCGUGUCACUCAUCCUGUGAAUGAUGCAUAUCCUUUGUGGUUGGUGUCUGUUAUUUGUGAGAUUUGGUUUGCUUUAUCAUGGAUUCUUGAUCAGUUCCCAAAAUGGUAUCCUGUGGAACGUGAGACCUACCUUGACAGGCUGGCAUUGAGAUAUGAUAGGGAUGGGGAGCCAUCACAGCUAGCACCAAUCGAUGUGUUUGUGAGUACAGUGGAUCCAUUAAAAGAGCCUCCUCUGAUCACAGCAAACACAGUUUUAUCAAUUCUAGCUGUUGAUUAUCCUGUUGACAAAGUCUCAUGCUAUGUAUCUGAUGAUGGUUCUGCCAUGUUAUCAUUCGAGUCCCUCUCUGAAACCGCAGAGUUUGCAAGAAAGUGGGUCCCGUUUUGCAAGAAACACAGCAUUGAACCCAGAGCACCCGAGUUCUAUUUUGCUCAAAAAAUUGAUUAUCUCAAGGACAAGAUUCAGCCUUCUUUUGUCAAGGAACGUAGAGCAAUGAAGAGAGAGUAUGAAGAGUUCAAGGUGAGAGUAAAUGCUCUUGUAGCCAAAGCACAAAAGAUGCCAGAAGAAGGUUGGCAAAUGCAAGAUGGAACUCCUUGGCCUGGAAAUAACCCUAGGGAUCAUCCUGGAAUGAUCCAGGUGUUCUUAGGACACAGUGGAGGCCUUGAUACUGAUGGCAAUGAACUUCCACGUCUUGUUUAUGUUUCUCGUGAGAAACGUCCCGGUUUUCAACAUCACAAAAAAGCCGGUGCUAUGAAUGCUUUGAUACGAGUAUCUGCGGUUUUGACAAAUGGCGCGUAUUUAUUGAACGUCGAUUGUGAUCAUUACUUCAACAAUAGUAAAGCUCUUAAAGAAGCUAUGUGUUUCAUGAUGGAUCCUGGUUAUGGAAGGAAGACAUGUUAUGUUCAAUUCCCACAAAGAUUUGAUGGAAUUGAUUUGCACGAUCGAUAUGCUAAUCGCAACAUUGUCUUCUUCGAUAUCAAUUUGAAAGGGCUGGAUGGGAUUCAGGGUCCCGUGUAUGUGGGGACGGGUUGUUGUUUCAAUAGACAAGCUCUUUAUGGAUAUGAUCCGGUGUUGACCGAGGCUGACUUGGAACCAAAUAUUAUUGUCAAAAGUUGUUGUGGUUCACGAAAGAAAGGAAGAAAUAGUAACAAGAAAUAUAUCGAUAAAAAGAGAGCCAUGAAAAGAACUGAAUCAACCGUUCCCAUUUUCAAUAUGGAAGAUAUGGAUGAGGGUGUUGAAGGAUAUGAUGAGGAGAAGUCGCUACUUAUGUCACAAAGGAGUUUAGAAAAACGAUUUGGUCAAUCUUCGGUGUUCAUUUCUGCUACUUUUAUGGAGAAUGGAGGCAUUCCGCCAACCACAAAUCCUGCUACCCUUUUGAAAGAGGCUAUCCAUGUUAUUAGUUGUGGUUAUGAGGACAAGACUGAAUGGGGUAAAGAGAUUGGAUGGAUUUAUGGAUCGGUGACAGAAGAUAUCUUGACUGGAUUCAAGAUGCAUACAAGAGGAUGGAUUUCAAUCUACUGUAUGCCACCACGUCCUGCUUUCAAGGGUUCAGCUCCUAUCAAUCUUUCUGAUCGUUUGAACCAAGUGCUUCGGUGGGCUUUAGGCUCCAUUGAGAUUUUAUUGAGUAGACAUUGUCCCAUUUGGUAUGGGUAUAAUGGUAAAUUGAAACCUUUGGAAAGGCUCGCCUACAUCAAUACGAUUGUGUAUCCUCUCACCUCUCUCCCGCUAAUUGCUUAUUGUGUGCUUCCUGCUGUCUGCCUUCUCACUGGAAAGUUCAUCAUUCCUGAGAUUAGCAACUACGCUAGUAUGUGGUUUAUUCUGCUCUUUAUCUCCAUUGCCGCUACCGGAAUCUUAGAGCUCCGGUGGAGUGGUGUAAGCAUCGAAGACUGGUGGAGAAACGAACAAUUUUGGGUCAUUGGUGGCACAUCCGCUCAUCUCUUCGCCGUCUUCCAAGGUCUACUCAAAGUCCUCGCCGGAAUCGACACAAAUUUCACCGUCACAUCAAAGGCAAACGACGAAGACGGUGAUUUUGCAGAACUCUACAUCUUCAAAUGGACGGCUCUCCUCAUCCCGCCAACCACCGUCCUGAUUCUGAACCUAGUCGGAAUCGUCUCCGGCGUCUCUUCAGCCAUCAACAGCGGGUACCAGUCAUGGGGUCCGUUGUUCGGGAAACUGUUUUUCGCGAUUUGGGUUAUCGUUCAUUUGUAUCCUUUCCUCAAGGGUUUGUUGGGUAGACAAAAUCGGACACCCACCAUCGUUAUCGUGUGGUCGAUUCUUCUUGCUUCGAUUUUCUCGCUGUUGUGGGUGCGGAUUGACCCGUUCACCUCGGAUGACUCGCUGGAUGCGACUCGUGGGCAAUGUGGGAUUGAUUGUUAGGGUUUUGACGUUUUGUGAUUUUUGUUUAGUAUAUAUAUAAACAACAAAUCUAUCGUGUCGUGGUUAAAAGAAAAUACCAGACGUGCAGUUUAUAUAUUUAUUUUCUUUUAAUUUUGGUGAGUUUGUGUAGGAGUUGUAUUCGUUUAUUUAUAGAACUUUUUUUUCUCAUUUCAUUGGUGGGUUGGUGAAUAGGUUUCAAACAAGUUGUGAAGUUGAACAAGGUUCUCGUUUGGUAAUACCUACGUUUUAUAUUUAAGUGAGUUUACAUGCAGAAUGAUGAAUUGAAGAUUCUCUUGUUGAUUGAUUCUUAUUUACUAUUUGAUCCUUCGUUAUAUCUAUUUGAUUGGAAGCCUUUCACUAUCGGUGAGGAAAGUGAUUUAAUGAAUUUCGAAAUAUUUUAGGAUUUUUUAGGAAAAAUCUUCAAUUAAAAAAAGGUUUUAUAACCAAGAGGUUAAAACGA